AUCAAUAUCCUUAAUUAAAAAGUAAAAAAAUCAAAUAAAAUUAUUUUUAAAAAAAUAAAUAAAUAAAUAAAUAAAUAAAAAUUAAAAGUAGAAAUGGGUGAGAGGAAGGUUCAACCUGCAUGGAUUUUUGUAUGCAUUGCCUUUAUUGUGGCAAGGGUGGAUAGCGCUGAAUUUAGCGUUAAAACUUACGGAGCCAAAGCUGAUGGUAAAUCUGAUGAUAGCCAGGCCAUUCUUAAAGCAUGGGCAGAUGCAUGCAAAGCAUUAGAUGCAAGCAAGCUCAUAGUUCCUGCGGGAGAAUACAUGGUGGGCCCAAUGAAAAUAUUGGGUCCAUGUAGCAACCCUGUAACUUUUCAAGCUGACGGUGCAACUUUUAUCGCCCCAACUGAUCUCUCACUUUUUAAAGGACAAGAUGGAUGGAUCCUUUUCUAUGGCAUUGAAGGCCUAACUAUCUCUGGAGGCACUCUCGAAGGCAAGGGUGAAGUCGGUUGGAAGACUAACAAUUGCAAAAAAAGUUUCAGUGGAAAUUGCAAGUUCCUCCCAAUUAACUUGAAUUUGGGAGGAUUGACAAAUGCAUUAGUGAAAGGAGUAACAUCUAAAGAUAGCAAGUUUUUCCACAUGAAUGUGAUUCAGGGAAAGAACGUGACCCUAAGCGACAUAACCAUCAUAGCACCAGGAGACAGUGAAAACACGGAUGGCAUCCAUAUUGGUCGUUCAACUGGAGUGUCCAUUCUUGGUGCAGACAUAAAGACUGGGGAUGAUUGCGUGUCUCUCGGGGAUGGAAGUAAGCAGGUUAACAUUGAAAAUGUGAAGUGCGGGCCAGGCCAUGGGAUUAGCAUUGGAAGCUUAGGAAAAUAUAAAGAUGAACAACCGGUUGAAGGAGUGACUGUGAAGCAUUGCACUCUCACUGGCACAACGAACGGUGUGAGAAUAAAGACAUGGCCGGCAUCUCCAGAGGGUUCCGCCUCCGGCAUGCAUUUUGAAGAUGUCACGAUGGAGAACGUGAGCAACCCUAUAUUGAUCGAUCAAGAGUACUGCCCAUGGAAUCAAUGCACGGCCGGGGUUCCAUCCAAAGUGAAGAUCAGUGACGUUAGCUUCAAGAAGAUAAAGGGGACUUCUGCUACAAAAGUGGUUGUCAAACUCGCAUGUAGCAAAGGAUUCCCAUGUGAGAAAGUAGAGGUGGGCGACAUCAAUUUAGAAUAUCACGGAACCAAUGGCACUGCCAUCUCCGAAUGCAGCAACGUCAAACCUACGCUCUCUGGCAAACAAUCUCCUGCUGUUUGUGAUGGUGCUGGUGGUGGUGCUGCAGCUGCUCCUGCCGGAGCUGCUGCUGCUUAAUAAGCCUUUCAAACACUAUAAUCUUUCGAGUUGAAUAUAUAUAAUUAGUACAUAGUCUUAUCCAUAUAAAAAACAAUUUAGCUAGAAUGUUUAGUAUGGUCUUAGGCUCUUAGAGAAUUAUGUGAGGCUGGAUCACUCAUAUAAACAUAUACUCUUUCAAUUGUGGGAGCAUGGAUGUAUGGAAACAUAUAAAAUUCUAGUAUGAACAAUUUCAAUGUCAAUAAAAUUCUCUCUUUUUA